GCGGCACAGGGGAGGGCGGUCGGUGGCGGCGGCGGCGAGGCGCGAGGCGGUGGCGGCGGUGGUGCGGGCGGCGGGAUAAUAGGGGAGGCGGCGGGAUUGACAGGGGAGGCGGCGGCCACGAGCGGAGCGGCGCGAGAAGGGGGGGGGCGGCGGCGAGGCGCCGGUGAGCGAGGCGCCCGCGCCAUCAGAGGGACGCGCCGCUGCGAGAUGGAGGGCGGCGGUGACGGAGGCGAGGCGCGAGGCGGCGGCGGCGGCGGCGGCGGCGGCGGCGGCGAACGGCGGCACCGAGUCUCGGUGAGCGGCGGCGGGAGGAGGAGCAGCGGCGGCGCUCGCUCGCUGUUGGCGGGAGCGCUUUUGAGCCUGGGAGCCCAUGCCACUGCGACCGGCGUGCCCGGGAACGGAGAUCGCGCGCGCGCCGCCACUCACGACGCGCGCGCGAUCUUCGCGGAGUCGGGUCCCCAGAGGGAAGCGGUCUUCUCGGCCGACGUCCAGCGGCGCGCAAGGAAGCAGGCGCAGCGGAGGCGGCCUAGCACCGGCUCGGCGCCGGGCGGUUGCGCUGCCCGCGAGCCGCGUCCUGAGCCUCGGCAGCGCGCUUCGCGGCGCGGCGCUCGCGUUUCUGCUGUGCCGAGAGCGGCAUGAUGGUUU